AUGAAGCUCGUCACUGAUCUCGUGCUCGCUGCCAUCGCCGUCAUCAGCACGUCCGCCGGCUCCUUCGGGACGAACACUGUUCCAGUUAUACCGACGGCGCCUAGGCGUCUUGAACGAAUGGGUCCUGGAUAUCCGGCUAACGGAUUGCCGCCGGCCUCAACCCCGAGCACGUUGAACAACAACGGUUUCCCAGUGGCCUCUCCGGCUGGGCCCAAAGGCGAAACUGGUCAGGACACUAAGCAAUCUACCAACACCUUCAUCGUUCCUAACAAACCAACGGUAUUAACUCCUGAGCAACUGGAAGGACGCGGUCCUCAGGUACCUGCGAAGCAAACAAACAACACCCCAAGCUUUGGUGAGUUCGACGACCUGGUCUAUUUUGAUCCCGAUAACGUGAACAAGCUUGGCCCGAAGAAAGGUGGUGGUCUAACUUCUGGCUAG